AUGUCAGUCACUUCUUUCACCGGAAGACAAAUCAUAGCACAGAUUUACCGGACUGCGCAUUGCAAGUUUAAGAUGAGACAGUGUUGAGAGGUGAACUGACAGCUGCUGUGCGUAAUUACGCGUGGCAGAGCACUGGACUUAUUCAGCCUAAAAUUGACAGUCGAGCUGGAGUAUCUUCAGGGAUCUCUACAUUCUGCCGAAGUUAGGGUAUAUCCCAACUAUCAAUCUGGAGCCACUCCUCUUCUAGAAAAUGUGCCGAACUCUCUCUGCUCUGCUGUGUGCUAUUUCAGGUCAUUUGGGUCCGGUUACAGCUGCAGUUGGAGAACCUGACAAACAGGUCUUGGGCCCGCCUUCAAAACACGAAACCCAAUGCAUAUAAAGGCUGCACCCGUCCUCCCACAGAUAAGAAAGAACACGAAGGGCGUAAGAAGUCAUCAAAAGGGAAACUCAAGAACCGCGUCCAACUACCAGAGCAUCUCGCCUGAUUUAUAGGACAGCCAAUCCCUGCCGCAGCAUUACAGACAAGCAGCCGCUUCUUUAAGCCGAUCAGCCCAGAAUUAAAGCAGGGCACUCACAGAGGAGAAUAAACAAGACGAGCAACUCGAAUCACUUCUAUUCCUGAAGGAGGAAAAAAAAAAGAGAAAAAGUCUCGCCAAGAUGAUGAUGCAGCUGCCAGAGACCCCCAACCAGAAAAACUCCCUCUUCAAUGCCAUGAACCGCUUUAUCGGCGCCGUGAACAACAUGGACCAGACCAUCAUGGUGCCGAGCCUACUGCGGGACGUCCCGCUGGACGAGGACAGGGAAAUGGGCUCCCUGAAGUCAGACGUGGACGAGGGGGACAUGUACAGCUACUACCAGCUGCUCAAGUCCAUCCGCACGGACAUCGAGUGGGGGGUCCGGUGCGCCGCAGCCGACGAGAGGCGCAAGGAGAGCAUGAAGAUCACCCGCGUCAACUCGUCCGCGUCCAUCUCCUCCUCCGCAUCCUCCUCCUCCUCCGCCUCCUCGUCCUCGGACGACGACGAGGAAGAAGACGAGGAUCUGGAGAAACAGUUCCAGUUCCAUCUGACCGGGCUGCAAGGGGUGCUGUCCAAGCUCACGCUGCAGGCCAACUCUCUCACCAAGCGCUACAAGCAGGAGAUCGGCAUCGGGGGAUGGGGCCAGUAAGGCUGGAGCUCACAGAAACUGAAAGCCCAGAUUUUCCUUUCUUGGACUGGCUGUACUGACUUUUCAAUAGACCUUGUCGCUGCUGUUACUACUGAUGACAUUUAUGGACAAACAUUUGAAUGGUAGAGAAAAAUGGCAGCUUAUUUCUUCGUAUAGGCCUAUAUGGUGUUCUGUGGUAUGGACUGUAGAUGUGUUGAUCUUGAAGAAAGCUUUUGUGUACUUAACACCAAACCCACAUGUUUUGCACUCCAAAGUGUUGUACACAUCAUGCAUUCAGUUCCUUUGAUACACAGAUGAAACAUAUUUAAAUCUAUAUUUAAUGUAUAAUUUAUUACCUCACACUACACUGUAUGGCUGAGAGCCACAUGUUAUUUCAAAGUUGGAGAAGAAGUGGACUGUAUGAACUACAGGACUUUUCAUUUGAACCGCUUCCUCCGUAGGAGGGGGGGAGAUACUGGCAAAAGAUUUAGCUUCCUCUCUGUGAUGCUGAUGAUGUUAGUGUGUUCAGGUGUGUUUGUCUGUGUACGACCAGCGCUCCUUCAAAAUCUAAUAUGUCCGUGUGUUUAAAUUGUGCUUUGUGUGGAAGGAGGCAGACGCUUACUGCAGCCGCCAGUGAUCUCCUAUUGUCCCAUAUAGUCAAUGAACUGGAAUCAACUGAUAAUUCUCCUGCAUAGAGAAUAAUGAUGGUUUCCAAUGAGAUGUAUUGUUGUUAUUGUCAUUUACAUGCUAUUAUUAAGGUAUUACUUGAGAUGUCCAUCUGUCAAAACAAGCAAAUGCUUUUGUAUGCACCUUCUGCACCUUUUUGUACCGAUGAUGGUUGUUUGUAAAAUAAAACUUUUAUAUAAUUCA